UUUGCCAAAAGUCCACCCCAGCCAUGUGGCUCCCAGGUGCUGACGCAGAGCCCUGCCCUGAGAUACGAGGGGACUGAACAGCGGCUUUGCAGCCCGGUCGGGUGUGUGGUGGUGAGGCUGGAACGGGGCUGUGCCAGCUCCAAAGCUUUCCCUGAGUAAGCAGGUUUGUGAACCUGAACUGCAUUUGCCCUGCGAGCAGCAAGGUGACAGCAGCAGCCACAGUUCAGCGCCGAAUUUGGGGUGACCCGGCUGACACGAAGGGACCUGUCGCCAUCCAGGACGCCAUGGCAAGUGACACGGAGCCCUCCAACACCAUCAAACUGCUGCACCUGCUCUUCCUCUCCACCUCCUGGGGAAUGCAGGUGUGGGUGACCUUCGUGGCCGGGUUUGUGAUGAGCAGGCACCUCCCUCGCCACACCUUCGGCUCCAUCCAGCGGCAGCUCUUCCCCUACUACUUCCACAUCAGCUCCACCUGUGCCUUCCUCAACCUGACCCUGUUUGCCAUGUCCCACCCCAGCGAGCAGCUCGGCGAGCAGCACAUGACCCAGAUCAUCGUCUUCCUCGUCUGCGUCGCCGCCGCGGUGCUGAACACGCAGUGGUUUGGGCAGGUGGCCUCUGACUUGGUGGCCGAGCUGCAGCUGGUGGAGCAGAGCCAGGGGCUGGGGCAGGAGGUGGGGCUGGCAGCCAGCGAGCCCCGCAGGCAGCUCCGUGCCUCCAACCCCGGCUACAGGCAGCUGGCCCGGAGCUUCGCCCUCUACCACGCUCUGUCCUCGCUCUGCAACCUCCUGUGCAUCGUGUGCAACGGGCUGAGCCUCUACCACCUGGCUGGCCAGCUCUCUGCCCUCUGAGGGCACUGCCAGGGGAUGGUGGACAGUGCCCAGCCCCUGCUGCCUCGCUGUAAAGCAACCCCCAGCUUUGGGCAUUAAAGUGCAGCAUCCUCGGGUGGAGAUACUCUUGCUGUGUUGAAAUUUAGGAAUAGUGAAAUGGAAAUG